AUUGCAUCUCACCACCACGAGCUCUUCGACCAGUCUUGCAUCGCUUGGAAUCCUCGCAAAUAUAUCCUUCACACCCAAUACCUUAGAAAAAUCAAACGAUAGCGCAAUCAUGGCCAUGCAACGAGGCAUCGUGAAAUCCGUCUUGUCGGGAGACACCAUCAUCGUCAGGCCGGAACAACCUCCUGUCAGGGGUCAGGCCGCAAAAGAGCGCGUGAUCCAUCUCUCUGGAGUUGCUGCGCCGAGACUCGGUAGCAUGGUUCGUGAAGAUGAGCCAUUUGCGUUUGCCGCUCGAGAAUUCCUGCGACCUCAGCUCGUCGGAAAGCUCGUUCAAUAUACCAUCAGCCAUAGCGUAGAAGGACACAAGACUGCUUCGAAUGGAGCUCUUGUUGACCGUGAAUACGGGAUCAUGUACGCCGCGCCUGCCAGCCCCGGUGGACCUCCCCAAGAUAUCGCCAUGAUGGCCGUCUCAAACGGCUGGGCCAAAGUCCGCGAAGCUGGCGGUGAAGGCGAAGAUGCCGUCCGUCGACUCGGAGCGGAUGAGGCCAAGCGCAGGGAGGCCUUGCGUCAGGCCGAAGUUGAAGCUCAGCAGGCGGAAAAGGGACUCUGGGCUCCGACGGGGGAGAGCCAGAGGACCGUGUCUUUCCAGAUGCCCGCUGAUUCUCAGGCAUUCUUGAACGAGUACAAGGGGCAGGAGCUCGAUGCAAUCGUCGAGCAGGUCCGGGAUGGAAGCAGUAUCCGGGUCAGGCUUUUGCUCGAGGACGGCUCACACCAAUUCGUCAACCUCGCGCUUGCAGGUGUCAAGUCCCCCAAGGCGUUCAGCGGACGAGAUGGAGAAUCCAACGGGACGAGUGAAGAGUGGGGCGAAGAGGCCAAGUUCUUCACCGAGAGUCGCUUGUUGCAGCGAGGAAUCAAGGUCCAGCUUCUGUCGGCUCCCAUCUCGCUCGGCGCCCCCCCUGUCGGAGGAGGCAAGGCGGCUGUAGGUGGACUCCCCGCUCCUCAAUCGGUCACAAGCAACAUCAUGAUCGGGACCGCCAUCCACCCCAACGGGAACAUCGCCGAAUUCCUCCUCGCUCAAGGUUUAGCAAAAGUCAUCGAUUGGCACGCGGGAAUCCUGUCGUCCGCAGGCGGGAUGGACCGACUUCGUGCGGCCGAAAAGUCUGCCAAGGAGAAGAAGACGGGACUUUGGGAGAACUAUUCGGCUCCCGCCAAAGGAGGAUCGGCCCAGGGGGUCGCUACCAACGGAUCAACAGGACCUGUUGGACCUCAAACGAAGGGAACUUCUUUCGAUGCCACCGUCGUGAGGAUCUGGAACGCUGAUACGAUCAGCGUGAUCGAAAAGGGAGAUGCUAGCGGGAAAGAGAGACGGAUGACUUUGGCUUCGGUCCGAGCACCUAGAGGUAACGACAACCGCAACCUGUUCUACGCCAACGAGGCCAAGGAAUUCUUGCGUAAAAAGCUCAUUGGAAAGACGGUCAACGUAUACAUCGACUAUGUCAAGCCGAAGGAAGGCGAUUAUGACGAGAAGGAAUGCGUCACUGUUCGAUACGGAGGUGCUCACAGCAACGUAUCGGAGCAGCUCGUAGAAAAGGGUUAUGCUACCGUUUUGAGGCACAAGAAGGAUGACGAGGACCGUUCGACGGAGCUUGACAAGCUGGUCGUCGCCGAACAGACCGCCGUUACGGAAGGAAGGGGUAUGCACUCAAGCAAGGAAGUCGCCUUGCCUCGUAUUGUCGAUGCUUCUGAGAACGGUACCAAAGCUGCGCAAUUCCUGCCAUCCUGGAAGCGGGCUGGAAAGCAUCAAGCUCUGGUCGACUUUGUCGCUUCUGGUUCCCGAUUCAAGUUGUUCUUGCCUAAGGAAAACAAGAAGAUGACUUUUGUCUUGGCUGGUGUCAAGGCUCCGCGUGCUGCUCGAGCAGGAGAGAAGGGCGAGCCUUACGGGACCGAGGGUCAAAAGUGGACCAACACCCGUUACAUGCAGCGAGAUGUCGAGAUCACUUUUGACAGCACUGACAAGCAAGGUGGAUUCAUCGGUACCAUGUACAGCAACGGGCAAAAUGUUGCUGUAGAAUUGCUCCGAGAAGGUCUCGCAAGUACCCACGAAUACUCUGCCGCCAACUUGUCUUAUGCCAAAGAUCUGUACGAUGCUGAGGCCGGAGCCAAAAAGGCGAAGAAGAACAUCUGGUCAUCAUACGACGAGGCAGCUGAGGAGGAGGUCAAGGUGGACCAAAGCGGCUCGGCUCUCCCACCUCAAUAUCUCGACGUAGUAGUUUCGUCUGUCAAGGACACCGCUCCAUUCGGCUUCUCAGUGCAGGUCCUCUCGACCGAUAGCGCUGCUGCACUGGAGAAGCUGAUGAAGGACUUUGCCGCUCAUCACAAGACCGCACGCGCUCCUGCUGGAUGGACACCGAGGACGGGCGAGAUCGUCUCGGCCCAAUUCAGCGAGGACGACCAAUGGUACCGAGCUAAGGUCAAGAGGACCAGUAACAUGAAGAAGCAGGCCGAGGUCCGUUUCAUUGACUACGGCAACGAAGAGACUACGGCCUACGCUAGGAUGCGACCGCUCGACGCUGCCUUCAAGAGCUUGCCGGGUCAGGCUCAGGAGGCCAGGUUGAGUUUCGUCCAGCCCGCUUCCCUGGACUCGGACUAUGGCCACGAAGCCUUGGACAGGUUCAAACAGUUGGCCGAAGGACGCAAAUUGAUCGCCAACGUCGAUCAGCGCGAAGGACAACUGUUGCACUUGCGCCUGAUCGACCCUAGCGAUCCUCAGGCAGCCUCGGACCCGUUGGCUUGUCUCAACGCCGAUCUGUUGCGAGACGGUCUUGCGACGAUCGACAAGUCUGUGCGGUAUGCAGCUGCUUACCCGCAAGUGGUACAAAAGCUCAACCAAGCCAUGGAGGGAGCUAAGCGUGAUCGACUUGGAAUCUUCGAGUUCGGUGAUGUCAGCGAAGACUAGACAAGCGAUUGACCGGACGAGCCGGGGAAACAGCAAAAAUCAUCUUGCAUUGGGGAGUGAAUUAAACGAACAGAUACAGACACAACGGGACUGUAAUCAUCUUAGCAUUUGCGUUCAUUUCCGAGGACCAUCAUCUCUUGCCGUGCGAGGGUCGUUCGGCACAUCCAUAAGAAAGAUCUGUUUCAAGGCUGUCGUCAUAGGAGGAUCAUGUGUGGUCUGGUCUACCUUGGACUGCGUUCAAGUUGCCUGGUCGGGCUGAACCAACCAGUGAUUUCGUCGAGGAUAGGUUCUAUUGCACUGUUCGGACUGUAGUGAUUGGAGUUAUCAAGGGCUGCAUCAGUGUUUCCGGUUCCUAGGGUGCCUGCCUAUGCUAUCUGCUCGCCACUCA